AUGUAAAACACCUCAAUUAAAGGCUGCUUUCUCCUUUAGCAGAUACAAGGAACAAUUUUUCCUGCUCCAAAUUUUAACCCUAUUACGGAUGCCCAGUUGCUAGGAGGAGCACUACAGGGAAUUAGUUGUGAAAAAGAUGUGUUGAUUGAUAUCCUAACACAGCGUUGCAAUUCACAGCGGCUUAUGAUUGCUGAGGCGUACAGAGACAUGUAUGGCAGGGAUCUGAUAACAGACCUAAAAGAGAAUCUCUCUCAUCACUUCAAAGAAGUCAUGGUUGGCUUGAUGUAUCCACCUGCCUCCUAUGAUGCCCAUGAGCUCUGGCAUGCCUUGAAGGGAGUAGACACAGAAGAAAAAUGUCUAAUUGACAUAUUAGCCUCAAGAUCAAAUAUGGAGAUCUUCCAGAUGAAAGAAGCCUACUUAAUGCAAUAUAAUAAUGAUCUUCAACAAGAUAUUGAUUCUGAGACUUCUGGUCACUUCAGAGAUACGCUCAUGAACCUUGCGCAGGGAACAAGGAUGGAAGGAUAUGCAGAUCCUUCUACAGCUGCUCAAGAUGCAAUGAUUCUAUGGGAAGCAUGUCAGCAGAAAACAGGCGAACACAAAAACUUGCUGCAAAUGAUUCUCUGCAACAAGAGUUACCAGCAGUUGUGGAUGGUUUUCCAGGAGUUCCAAAAUAUCUCCGGGCAAGACAUAGUAGAUGCCAUUAACGAAUGUUAUGAUGGAUACUUUCAAGAAUUACUGGUUGCAAUAGUUCUCUGUGUUCGUGACAAGCCUUCCUAUUUUGCUUACAGGCUUUAUAAUGCAAUUCACGACUUAGGGUUUCACAAUAAAACAGUUAUAAGGAUUCUCAUUGCCAGGAGUGAGAUUGACUUGAUGAAUAUACGACAGCGAUACAAAGAGAGAUAUGGGAAAUCACUCUUUCAUGACAUUAAACAUUUUGCUUCAGGGCAUUAUGAGAGUGCUUUACUUGCUAUCUGUGCUGGUGAUGCUGAAGAUUAUUAA